AUGGGCUCAGUGGACGACUCGAACUCGGACUCAGACGUUGAACCUCACCAUGCCAGCGAAGCAGUAUUUAGAAACGACUUGGAGGAAAAUUUCUACGACUUCGGUAAUUUUGGGGGUGAAGAAGAGGAUAUCGCGAGAGUACACGGGGGAAGCGGGGAAGUAACUGACUACUUUCCAGACCCUCCUCUGGCCUAUCAGGACGGCUACACAUUUUUGGGCCUGUUCGACUCGGACCAGAAUAGCGUGCAUCGGAAAACGAACCUAUACUAUCCGUUUAGCUGUCGGAGAGAUUGGAAAGUUGCUGCAUGGCUGUUACGCUCAGGCCUGAGCAUGGCGAAGAUUGAUUCUUUUCUAUCGCUUGAAAUGAUUAAGGACUUACCAUUGUCAUUUCGCUCUGCGAAAGAAUUACGGGGUCGGGCCGAGACGCUACCCAGCGGUCCACGCUGGAAGUCUCAAGUCAUUCCUACAUUACAUCCUACAAAGUCACCCGUAAUUCUGUACUGGCGCGACCCUAUCGAAUGCAUUGCCAGCAUAUUCAAUCAUCCAUUAUUUCACGGUCAUAUUGACCUCACGCCUCGCAAGGUGUACACCACUGCCGAGAAGCUGUGUCGCGUAUAUACUGAGUGGAUGACAGGAAACGAUGCUUGGGACAUGCAGUCAGCAAUACCCAAGGGCGCGACUCUCCUCGGCACCAUUCUCUCCUCUGACAAGACGAACAUAACUGCGUUAACGGGGGAUCGUGUGGCCCAUCCGCUCCUCAUUAGCCUCGCCAAUAUUCAUACGAACACACGUCUAAAAUCAUCGACUAAUUCUUUCGUCCUCACCGCCCUACUACCAGUUCCGAAGUUUGUUCACAAGAACAAGCGAAUGAAGGGUGUAUUGGAGGACCGUCUUAUACAUCAAUGCCUUGACGUUGUUCUCGAACCAUUGAAGCAGGCUACUCAACAUGGCAUCAUGUUAUCGGAUCCUAUGGGAAACAAUCAUUACUGCUUCACCCCUCUCCUUGCUGUUGUGCGUGCGCGCGCUGAUCCCGACGAUAUCGUGACAUUUUUCCGUGAAGCACAGAAAUUCCGACUGAACGGCGUCGACCUACCAUUCUGGCGGGACUGGGCACUAUCGGAGCCCUCUCAUUUUUUUACACCGGAAUUACUCCACCAUAUCCAUAAGCAGUUCUGGGAUCAUGACGCCAAAUGGCUCAUUUCCGCUGUUGGAGACUCUGAGAUAGAUUUCCGUUUCUCAGUCUUACAACCCAUCACCGGUUAUCGGCAAUUUCACAGUGGCAUCUCCAAGUUAAAGCAAGUCACUGGUCGCUGUCAACGAGACGUCCAAAGGUACAUUAUUGCCGUCAGCGCGGAUGCAGCACCUGCUGGUGUUAUCGCCGCUGUACGCGCAUUGAUGCAGUUCCGAUAUCUUGUACAGUUGCCGCGUGUUGACGAAGAAGAUCUCGGGCGAAUUUUACGUUCAUUGGAUGAGUUUCACGCAAAAAAGGAUGCGAUCAUUACUGCUGGGGCUCGCCGGGGGAAGGGCAAUAAACCCAUUACCAACUGGUACAUCCCCAAGCUUGAGCUAAUGCAAAGCAUCGCUCCCAGCAUUCGCAACUCUGGCGCCGUAGGACAGUGGUCUGCCGACAUCACUGAACACGCUCACAUCACCGAGAUAAAAGACCCCGCAAGAAUGAGCAACAACAUUAACUACGACACACAGAUUUGUCGACACCUUGACCGUGCCGAAAAAUGCCGUCGUUUUGAGCUCGCCACUAGCCUUUUAGAUCACGAGCGGGGUACUCAGGAGCUGGAGGACUUGGAUUCGGACGAUGAAGAUGGUGAUGCCGAUGUUGACGCGCAACAUAUUCCCAUCAACGUGACACAAGACCCACGUCAAAUCACGAACUACUUUGCGAUUGCUAAUGCACUCCAGCGCCGAGAGGUGGGUUCAGUGCCCGUACCUCUUCGCUCGUUCAUUGUCAAGUGCUCUGCCUUUCAUCUUGCAUACAAGCCCUCCAUUCAAAACAUCACUGUUGACGAAGUCGCCGUCAAAUUUGGUCUACCAGAUCUACGACCCGCUAUCGCUGAUUUCCUCCAGCGUGAGGCGACUUAUGGACAUAAGCAUGUUCAUGCAAUUGGUGGUCCUAGAAGAGCUGGGCCUACCGCUGUCCUUCCGUUCGACAAACUUCAAGUCUGGUUCAAAAUCCGCUUGCAAGAAACAGACUCGCACGACAAUCGCACCGUUAGACCGAGUCAGAUGCUCAAUUGUGCUCCACCCAGUGACCCCUGGAUUUUAGGUCGCUAUGAUGCGGUUAUCGUUGAGACCAAUGCAAGCCAUUCAUGGCCUAGCAGUAAUCUUUCAGGUCACGUGGUCGCACAGAUUAGACUUAUCAUGCGACCCAUUGGCAAGAGUGGUAUACCAUGGUCAUGGAAGGACCGUUUCCUCACCUAUGUUCAACGUUUCGACAUCUCGAAGGAUCGUGAUCCAACUACGCAGCUUCACUUGCUCAAGCGAGCAAAGCGCUCAAAUGGAAGCCGGAUGGGCGAUGUCAUCCCAGUAUCUCAAUUGAGGGCACCUGUCCAUCUCAUCCCUCGCUUUGGUGUUACUGCAGAUACGCGUCUCACCGCCUACAACAGCAUGGAGCAUGCCGCGGAAUUGUGGUUGAACGAAUUUUGGGACAAAAACGUCUUCUUUGCCCUAUCAGCCUAA